AUGAAGCGGCUGUUUGUCAUUGCUCUGUGUCUUGCUGUGGUCUUGGCGGCGCCUAGGCCAGACGACGAUGAUGAUAACGACUUAGAUGAUAAUAGACCACAGCAACCACGCGCUCAGAGAAGGUUCCAGCAACACCAACACAACCAGAUUGAUGACGAUGAUGAUGAUGAUGAACUACAGCAUCACAGAAGAUGGCUUCAAAAUCAACAACAUCAGCUUGACGAUCACGAUGAUAUACGACCGAUUGAUGAUGAUGACGAUUUGCAUCAGCAACAACAAAUGAGGAGAAGAUUGCAAGAACUUACUCUAAAGUUGAUCGACGACCGCGAUGAUGAUAACCGACUGAGAGCUGAUGUAAACAGACACAACCUCCGUCCAGACGAUGAUCGCGAUGAUGAACAACUAAGAAAUUCAAACCUCGAUAUUCUAGCAAAGCAGUUAGAUAACUUAGCAGAGAAAUAUAAAGGGCGCGGAGUAUUGAAAGUCGGUUACAACCCGCCAUUAGUAAGAAAUGUAAUAAAAAAAUUCAUUAUCUUUAAUGAGUCUAUGAUAGACAAUCAAUUAAAACACUAUGCUUUACAGGUGCCCGGUGCGCGCGCACACAAUUUGGGAAGUAUUGACUUCAAAUACUUCACUCCAAGUGAAGUCGCCGGUAGAGCGCACCAUCAUAGAGACCUGGUGCCAGGGCCUUCAAUCAAAGCAAAUGAUGGCUAUGUGCUAUUGAGGGCACUAGAUCGACAGGAUCUCCGUGAUCGUGAUGAUGAUGACGACGAUGAUGAUGACCAGUAG